AUGAUGUUUAAUUUUCUCUUUAGAAAUUUACUUCAUGUUCAUGGAAGAUACGCUAACUUAGCUUUAUUAAACCCUAAUAAAUUUCAAGAUUUUUCGUGUCCAAUUUUUGUGAAAUACAUCUCAACCAACUCAAAUGAACAUUCUUUUACCGUCUCAUACCUUAUUAAUUCAUGUGGGUUGUCUUCUGAAUCUGCUCUAAAGGCAUCCAAAAUAGCUCAAUUUGAUACUCCAGAAAAACCGGACUUAGUGGUAAACAUUUUCAAGAGCAGUGGCUUCUCAGAAACCCAAAUCUCAGACCUCAUCAGAAAAAGCCCAAAACUGCUUUUGUGCAAUCCUGAGAAAACCCUUUUGCCAAAACUUGAGUUUUUUCUCUCCAAAGGCGUUUCAAGUCGUGAUCUUGCAAAACUUUUAUGUCGUCGACCUAAUGUCAUUCAAAGGAGCUUAAAAAACCAAAUAAUCCCUUCCUUUCAUUACCUUAGUAACUUGCUUCAAUCUAGUGAAAAGGCUAUUACUGUUAUUAAAAACUCUCCAUGCAUUCUUGAAACUUAUAUAGGACCUAAGAUUGACAUUUUGCGAUAUUAUGGUGUGCCUGAGGCCAAGAUUUCCACGUUUUUGUGUCAUUGGCCUCACUCAUUCUUAGCAAAAUCGGAUCAAUUUAAAGAAAUUGUGAAGGAAGUCAAGGAAAUGGGUAUCAGUCCUUUGAAGAUACAGUUUGUUCUAGCCAUUGUAGCGAAAAGAAUAAUGAGCAAGUCGCACUGGGAAAAGAAACUCGAUGUUUAUAAGAAAUGGGGUUGGUCUGACAAAGAGGUUUUAGCGGCAUUUUCAAAGUAUCCAUGGUGUAUGAUUGCAUCAGUGGAUAAGAUUAUGGCGGCAAUGGACUUUUUCGUGAACAAGAUGGGUUGGGAUUCUUCCAUUAUCUCGGAACACCCAUUACUUAUUACAAUGAGCUUGGAGAAGAGGCUUUUACCUAGGGCUGCAGUAAUUCAGUUUCUGUCAUCGAAAGGUUUGAUCAAUAAGAAGAUAAAUAGUUUGACUUAUAUGUUUGAGUGCCCUGAAAACACGUUCCUGCAGAAUUCUGUGAAUUCUUAUGAUGAAGCUCCCCAAUUAUUGAAGCUGUACCAAGAGAAGUUGAAUUCUUCAGAGAAGGCAAAAUGA